UCCUCCAUCACCAUCCAUCUAAGUUCUCCAAUCCAUUCCUCUCAAAAAGCCCACAGAGAUCUUCAAUAAGCAUCAGUGGAAGAGAGAAAGAGAGAGAGAGAGAGAGAGAGAGAGAGAGAUGGCAUCCACUUCUGCUGUUUCAAUGGCACUGCCAUUAACUUCCGCAAGCCGCAAGAGGCAACCUCCAAGCUCUGAUGCCUUCAUCAAGCCUUUGCUAGUGAGGAACCCAUCAAAGGGGAUAGCCAAGACAUCAUCAAGAGCCGAUGCAAAGCUUACAAUUCAAGCAUCGCUGAAGGAGAAGGCUUUCACGGGCUUAACCGCUGCAGCUUUGACAGCUUCAAUGGUGAUUCCUGAUGUGGCUGAAGCUGCUGCAUCUCCUUCUCUUAAAAACUUCUUGCUCAGCAUUGUCGCUGGAGGAGUAGUUCUUGCUGUCAUCAGUGGGGCAGUCGUUGGAGUAGCCAACUUCGACCCUGUCAAGAGAAGCUGAGAUCACUGGGAGAAGGGAGAAGUUCUUUUUUCGCUUCAUCUCUUUGCCUUCUGUGUUGUUUAGCAAUUCUCUGUAAUUUUUAAACUCUAUUUUGUUCAUGCGGAUAAUCUGUAACUUUUCAACAAGCAGGAUUUUGCUUGCCAAUCCAAAAACUUUAAAUUAGCCAUAGA